UGAGCUAAUAGGCCAUUUGUUAAUUUUAUAACAACUUUAAUAUUACUUCUUUCAUUUUAUGGCCAGUAAAAAAGAGUGGAUGCAAAUGAGUGCCUCAUCCACUUUCCCUCCCACCUAACAAAAGUAGCAUAAUCCAAAAUCCUAGUAAUAAAAGUACUACAUUCAAAGCAAUGGCUCAAGCAAUCAGGAGCUUCACAAUUACAAAACCAUGCAUCCACAGUUAUCUUCAUGCUACCAAAUUGGGCAACUACCCAUCUUCAAGAUUGCUUAGACAAUGCUCAAGCAGUAGCAGGCUUUUCAAUAAUGGGUGGCAGCAGACUGAUGAAGGAAGCAAGAGUAGAAGAAGGGGAGCUUUAGUUAAAGUGAAUGCUUUACCAGAUUGGCCUCUAAUGGCAGUUUUUGUUCAUAAUCUGCAACAACUUGAUGCCCAAAGAGAAAUAAUAACCAAUAAAUCUAUUUGGCAUCUGAGUGAUGAAGCCAUUAAAAACGUUUAUGCUUUCUACAUCAUGUUCACUUGCUGGGGAUGUUUGUUUUUUGGCUCCACCAAAGAUCCAUACUAUGAUUCCGAAGUAUACAGGAAAGAUGGGGGAGAUGGUACUGGACAUUGGGUUUAUGAGAAGCAAGAGGACAUUGAAGAAUCUGCAAGGGCAGAGUUGUGGCGUGAGGAGCUGAUUGAGGAGAUUGAACAGAAGGUUGGAGGGCUGCGAGAAUUGGAAGAAGCUGGCCGCAAGUAGAAGCUUAUAUAUUGAGUUGAUUUUUCAUGUUUAUGCAUUUUUACUUUUCUCCAUGAUAAAAAAGAACCAUGUGAAACAUCACUUUGUAUAUUUUUUUCAACCUUGAUAAGCUUCCUCUGUCAUUGACGGAAUGAGCUAAACAUCAGGAAAUUAUUUUAUGGCAAACAUUUUACAUGCUUGAAAUGAAGGAU